CAGCAAUGGCCGCCUCGAGUCGGCGACAUCCCAACCUCGACGACUGUCUCGGAUUAAACUGGAGCCGCUGGGCGGACAUGGUGGAUGUGUCCCCGCCGGACGCCGGGUCUAAUGCUGAAGACAACAGCCACUGCGGGAGGAACCCAUCUGACAUCAUGACCCUCAGGAAAGAAGACAUGCACAUAUAUGGCCACUGCCCGGCAUCCGAUGAUUUCUAUUUGGUGAUGUGCAGUCACUGUGGUCAGGUGGUGAAGCCCGGAGCGUUCGAGAAGCACUGUGAGAGGCGCCAUGGAGAAAGGCAGAAAGACGGCGGUCUUCAUGAGGAUGGCGCCCCCUCCUCAGCAGCAUUACCUGUCCACCCGCUCAGGCCUAGUAAGGCCAAGAGGGAGGCCGCAAGUUUGCCUUCAGUGCUAAAGUCCUCUCGGGAGAACCUCCCAAUCCCACAAAACUCCCUGCCAAUGCCUCGUUCCCGGGUUCCUCCAUGUCACUCGGGACCCCUGCCCCCGGGCCUCUGUUCCUCCUCUGGUUCUACCGAGAGGCCCUCUGAGCAGAAGUCCACAGCUGGACAGACCACUCAGCCUCGCACUCCUCUGCGAGGAACGAGAACCUACAGCCGGACUUAUAAAAACGUAGCCAAGAAAGAACGUGACCUGAAUAAAAACUGCAAGAUCCUGGAUCCAGAGAGGAAGAUGCUGAGCACCCGGGAGCUUAUAUGCAAUGCCAAUACAACGCAGCCAAAAGCACAGGGAAGGACUAAGACGUCUGAUCAGCUGUCUGUGGAGCAGAGAGAGAGGAUCCCCUGUGCAGGUCGAGAUAUGGAGCCGCUUCUUGUCAAAUUAAAAGACAAAGAGCAACAUUCCGAAGCUUUUGAAGAGAAACUAACUCAGGGUAGCAGACACAACCUCGGCAGCAACUGCCACAUUCUCGGGUCCAAGGAUACAGAAGAAGAUUUUCCAGAAGAGGAAGGCGACCGCACUGUGGAAGAGGAGGUGCAGCCUCCCUAUGCCCUCAACCAGAGCCUGCUGUCAAGUGAGGGAAGUGAAGACGAUGAGCAGGAGGAAGCCAAGGAGCUGCCGGAGCUGCCGGCCUCACCAUGUCACCCCAAACCUCUCGGACAUUGCACUUUUGGAUGCCGUACAUUGGGUCGCAGCAUCCUCACCUUUGACCGCCGCUUGCAUCACCUGCGGUUUGCCCUCAACACCAUGCUGGAGCACCAUGUCAGCACACACAUGUGGAAGAAAAUGCCUCAAGUAUCACCAGGUCUCAGGUCUUGUCGUGUCACACCACCAGCUGUGAGAGCGACAGGGAAACCCUUCCAAUCCACGGGCUCCAAUAGCCUUGACUCUACCUCGAUCGGACAAAUGGAAAACAAAACCACUCAGCACAACUCUCAGAGUACCAAACCGCCUUCUUCCACCUCCCCCGCGAGCCUUGGGCCCGGCCGACGGAGCAACCCUGUUGGACAACAAAGCAAGGUUCAGCAGAAGGAGGUGAUGCCUAUGCAAGAUGCAAGCGCAACACAGAAAGCUACCAGGCUGCCACAGAGCAAUAAGGAAAAAUCCUCCAGAAACGUCAGGGAUCCCCCUCUCCAUGAGAAGGGUCAGCCACGCUCCCCUUCCUGCAAGGGACCAGCCAGUGGUAACUUCUCACAGGGAAAGAAGCCAUGUCCUCCUCUGCCACUGCAGCCCUCAGAGAGACACUUGUCGGCUUUGGAGAAGCGUUCAGCCUUACCUGCAAAAACAGACCGCCCCCCCCGCGGCAGAGGGAGGGCCUCAGGAAUUCAGCAGAAGGCGGUGGGUUUCGAUUGCAAUGGUCGUGGCCAAAAGCGCAAAGGCAGCAAUGAGUCGCCACCAUCCUCCGUAUCCAAAACCUCCAAGUGUAAGCGCUUGUCCUCUCCCUCCCGCUCCAGCCUCCUUGCCUGGAAGGGGGAGAACAUCGGGGAUGGGCUUGCUUGGGGCCUGGACAAAACGUCCAACUCCUAAAGAGUCAGUGCACUCACCUGUUCCUCAUGCAGUCGGCUGAAAACCAAUAGUGUUUUUAUGAUGAUGCAAAUCCAGCCCUGUAAGCCUCAAAAGACAUGUAUGUGUUAUAUUUGUCUUGGAUGUGCGUGCAUGAGUGUGUGUGUGUACACAUCUAUUUACGUCGUCACCUUUUUAUGCACAGAUGUCAGGAAUGAGUGUUUUUCUGCAAAUUAUUGUUUAUUUUUUGUAAAAUAUUUUUUUCUUGAAUGUUUUGGUUAAAAAUACCUCAGUAUUCUCAUGAUGCUGCUAAAGUGAAACGUUUCUUCACAGUGAACAAAUAAAAAAACUUGAAUUCUUGUAGCCCUUUCUUCUGUUAUAUUACAUGGUAAGGUUAUGUACUGGGAGAAUGUUGAUAAUGGUACAAAUGCAGCAUUGUUCAAUUGAGUUUACUCAUUCAUUUCCCAUAAUGAAACAUUUUUUUGGGGUCAUCUUUUAAAUUAUGUAUUCAUGAUUGUCUCUCAACACCUUUGCACAAGUUGUUGUGCA